GGCGUGAGGAUGAGCAUUGGCUGCGCGCGCCUUCGCUGCGCAUGCGCCCUCGCGGCUCCUCCCCCGGCGGGGGCCGGAGGAUGCGCGUGCAAAGUUAGGCUCAAAAAAAAAAAAAGAGGGGUGUGCAGGGGGAGGGCCGGGGGUCGCGGGGGCGGGGUCGGCGUCGCUCAGGCGCUGCCUUCUCCCUCCCGCAGGAUCCAGCCUCAGGCUCCCCCGCCGAGCCCCGGGAUGCGCUAUAGGAGACCCCCGGAAGACUAAGCGCCCCUCUCCCGGGGGGCUGACCCUCCCCGCGACCCUGGGGCUGACACCUGGCUUGGAGCCGAUGCAUCCCAGAAUGAAUGAGAUGAACCUGAGUCCUGUGGGGAUGGAGCAGCUGGCUUCAUCCUCUGUAAGCAAUGCCUUGCCAGUCUCAGGAAGUCACCUUGGCCUGGCUGCCUCACCUACUCACAAUGCCAUCCCUGCCCCAGGCCUGCCAGUUGCAAUUCCAAACCUUGGGCCCUCCUUAAGCUCUCUGCCUUCUGCCUUGUCUCUAAUGCUCCCAAUGGGUAUUGGAGAUCGGGGAGUGAUGUGUGGGAUACCAGAGAGGAACUACCCUCUCCCGCCCCCACCAUACCCGCACCUGGAAAGCAGCUACUUCAGGCAUAUUCUACCUGGCAUCUUGUCUUAUUUGGCUGACAGACCUCCUCCGCAGUACAUCCACCCAAACUCCAUCAGUGUGGACAACAACCCUGCGCUGGCCGUCUCCAACAACCCUUCCGCGUUAGACCCCUAUCAGCCCGGCGGCAAUGUGGGCCUGGAGCCGGGCAUCGUCCCCAUGGACUCCCGUGCGGUCAGCGGCCACGGCGCCCAGAGCCUCCAUUCUGGAGACACCCAUGAGGUGGCCCUGGACACCGCCAUCACCAUGGAGAGCGUCUCCAGGGUGACCAGCCCCAUCUCCACCGACGGCAUGGCUGCGGAAGAGCUGACCAUGGAGGGGGUGGCAGGGGAGCACUCGCAGAUGCCCAAUGGUUCCCGAAGCCACGAGCCUCUGUCCGUGGACUCGGUGGGCAGCAAUCUGGCGGCAGACGCCGUGGGGCACGGGGCGGUGCUCCCUCUGCACGGGAAUGGCCUGGAGCUCCCCGUGGUCAUGGAGACCGAUCACAUAGCCGGCCGGGUUGGCGGGAUGCCCGACAGCACCCUCGGCGACUCCAUGCACACUGUGGCCAUGAGCACCAACUCCGUGAGCGUGGCCCUCUCUACCUCACACAGCCUUGCCUCCCUCGAGUCUGUCUCCUUGCACGAAGUGGGCCUCAGCCUCGAACCCGUGGCUGUGUCCUCCAUCACCCAGGAGGUCGCUAUGGGCUCUGGCCACGUCGACGUAGCUUCGGACAACCUCUCGUUUGUGCCGCCGCCCCUGCAGAUGGAAGAUUCCAACUCCAACAAGGAGAAUAUGGCGACCUUGUUUACCAUCUGGUGCACACUUUGUGACCGAGCUUACCCCUCAGAUUGCCCUGACCAUGGGCCCGUGACUUUUGUUCCAGACAGCCCAAUUGAGAGUCGAGCUAGGCUGUCUCUCCCAAAGCAGCUUAUCCUCCGUCAGUCUCUCAUGGGGGCAGAUGUGGGUGUGUGGACUGGAGAAACCAUUCCUGUGCGGACUUGCUUUGGGCCCCUCAUUGGCCAGCAGAGUCACUCAAUGGAAGUAGCAGAUUGGACAGACAAGGCAGCAAACCAUAUCUGGAAGAUGUACCACAAUGGGGUCCUCGAGUUCUGCAUCAUUACAACAGACGAAAAUGAAUGUAAUUGGAUGAUGUUUGUGCGCAAAGCCAGGGGUGGGCACUGGACCAUUUCUCCAUCAGGCAACGUGAAGCCCAACCAGUUGGAGUUGAGUGUCUUUGCAUCAGUGGUCCCUAGCACAAACAGGCGUGCUUCAAGGGAUGCUCAAAGUGGGUUUGCAGCUCCAUAG